AGAGAAAGCUGAAAGAGAGGGAGAGGGAGAGGAAGAGAGGGUGUAGGAAUGAAAAGAGGAAGAGUGGAGCGAGGAUAUGGGCGAGAAAUGAGAGAGAAAAAUAUAUUCAUAGUAAGCUAAAGAUUUGCAUAGUUUUGAAUUUAGAGAAAAGGAAAAGAGAAAACAAAUGACCAUACAUAAAGGUUUUUAGUAUAUAUUUGAUCUGUCUCUCAGACAAACUAGGCUUUUGAGAAAAACUCUGAAACCUCUCGGAUAUAGUGAUCUUCCCUUUCCACUAUUUUAGCUGAAAACUUGGCUAGGCUUUUGGGUUUGUUCUCUUGACUUCCAAAAUCUGCGAGAUUUUGGGUAUCUUUUUUCUAAACUUUGUUGGUUCCUUCUUGUAUACUUUCUCUAGAUUUUCCACUUGUUAUCCUUAAUAUUUUGAUUUCAAAAUCCUUGUUUCUUGAUUUCAAAGAUCUCUUCUUCUUCUCUCUCUGUCUCUAAAUCUCUUUAAAAACAAAUGAAAACUACCAGCAGAAAGUGUUAUAUAUAAAUAGUAACAUGCAUGAGAACCAGGAAUUCUAAACAUCUUGUAUAUGACAAAGUUUUAGGAUUUGGGUGUUUCUCUAAAGCUUUAUAUCUUGGGUUUUCUCUACAAAUUUGUAGUUUUGAAACUUUUGUGUGAGUGUGUCUGUGUAUAUAUAUAUGGAAGGCAAGCAGAAUGGCUCAAGAAGAUCAAUCCCAAAGGUGUAGCAAUAGUAAUACUAGCAGUGGUGGUGGGUUUGGAAACAGUGUUGGCAGAUCUUCCAAAAAGCAAAAGCCUAAAAAGGUUCCACAAAGAGGACUUGGUGUGGCACAGCUUGAGAAGAUAAGACUAGAAGAACAACAAAAGAAAGAUGCAGCGGUAGCUGCUGCAGCUGGGAUUUUGCCAUCACCGUCAUCGUCUGUUAUAUCGCAACCAACUCAUCAUAAAUCAUCAUCCUAUCUUUCUUUGCCAAUCCCGAGUAAUUUCCAUCCUUCAAAUCAAUCUUCUUAUUCUUCUUCUUCUUCUUCAAUUCCGUUUCCUGCUGAUCUUUCACCACCAAAUUUAAUCUUUAGGCCACCUUUGUCUGUUCAAAAUGCUGAUGUUGUCAGUGCAAACACUGUUCCAUUGACCACUGGUUCUUCUCCAGGGUGGCAUCCUGGUGCAGGAGUAGUACUUCCAGGGAAUGGCAGUGUUAAUAGUGGCCAUAAAUUGUGGAGUUCUCGUGAGUAUAGCAUUGAAAAGGAGUGUUCUGGGUUGGAUCCAGGAUUGGCUUUCAGGACAAAUUUGAGUUUGCCUUAUGAAUCUGAACCCAUCUGGCCUCCUCCUAGUUUGAUGCAAAGGGCACAACCAUUUCAACAACCUUCUUCUUCAAUGGUGAAUUUGUCGUCAAGAACGUCAUCAACAUCCGUACUGAAUUAUCAGAUGGAGCCCCCUUCAAACCAAAGCUAUUAUGGAAAUUGUACACCUUUAUUGCCGGAAGAGGAGAAGAUGGUUGGCAUGAAGAGAUCAUAUCCCUUCUCUCUAGACAAUGCUCCAGGCCCCCCUCUCCACGGCAAAUAUCCUCCCAUUGUUCAUCCCAUCAAUGGACAUGUUGAAGCAGCUUCAAGUAGCAACGGCAGCACAUUCAAUUUCGAACCCGGCACCCCAAAUUUCAGGGAAGGGCCUUCAUGUUCAACCUCGAAUUUUGAGUCAAAGUCCAAGAGGAGUAUCAGACAGAAUGGUGCCUUUGAUGGAGAUUUCCUCACAUUAGCCCCUCCCACCACAACCACUUCAAUGUGUUCAAGCUCAAAAUUCAAGCACUCUCCACCCAAUUUAAUCUAUUACAAUUGUGAAUUGCCCGGCCUCGAGUCAUUAGCUUAUCAAGGAAGCUUGGAAGAUUCAAUUAUCCGUCAAGGAGGUAGCGGAUUAAGGCAGUAUCGACCUUACUAUAGCUUCUUUCCACCAGCUGCAAUGGUGCAAAUUGACCGAGCAACUACAAUAACCAUGGCCAAUUGUAAUGGUGGAGAAGUAGGAGGACAUGUCGAUCUCAAUUUGAAGCUAUAAAAGCUCUUGUGCCUAUUACUUUUGUAUCUCUAAGGGGGCAAGUUUCUCUUUUCAUGAGACCAUACCUAGAACCUCAUUUUUCUUUCAUUUGACUAUAUCUUAAUACAUAUCCCCCUUGUAUGAUAUGAUUGAGCAUCAAAAAACAAAAAAAAAAAUUUCAAAUUUUAA